GCGCGGUGCUGGUAGCGAUAAGGGAAUUCUACCCGACAACCGUUUUGAGCACGACCCAUCGCUUUCCGGUCCAGUGUAGGAUCGAAAGUGAAAGUGAUCACAUCUCUGCGCUCCCAGAGUGAUCGGCACCCUUACUGCGUGAUUGAAAAUCCGUUCCCGGACUAGAAUGUUGUCAGUUUUGUCGAAAACGACUCAGCGGGGGAGGAUCGGCUUGUCGGCCAUCUCUUCGGCAAAUCGUUACGCGUCCACCGGUGCAAAAGAACCGAGCAAAACGGCCCUGUACGAUUUCCACCAGCAUCACGGUGGAAAGCUGGUUGACUUUGCUGGCUAUUGGUUGCCCGUGCAGUACAGUGAUCAGAGUAUUAUCAAAUCACAUAAUUACACUCGCCAGUAUGGAUCGAUCUUUGACGUAUCGCACAUGCUGCAGACUUAUUUGAGAGGCAAGGACGUUAUCAGCUGUUUUGAAUCGGUUUGUACAGCAGACAUAAAGGGACUUCGCGACGGUACUGGAACUUUAACCGUGUUUACAAAUGGGAAAGGAGGUAUUCUGGAUGAUUUGAUUGUGAACCGAGUGUCGGAGGAUACGCUCUAUGUCGUAUCGAAUGCUUCAAGAAAGGAUACCGAUAUGGCCGUUAUGAUGGACGCAGUGGCAUCCUUCAAAGCUCAAGGCAAGGACGUCUCCGUGGAAUUUCUCACCAGUGACGACCAGUCGCUUCUGGCGGUGCAAGGCCCGCAGGCCGUUUCCGUUCUCCAAAAACUGGUAACCAAGGACCUCUCGCGGUUAUACUUCAUGAACUCCGCAUUCGAUUCCAUCGCCGGUGUGGAAAAUUGUCGCAUCACCCGGUGCGGAUACACCGGCGAAGAUGGAGUGGAAAUCUCUAUCCCUUCCAAUAAAGCAUCGGAAAUCGCGUCAGCCCUGCUAGAGCAGAAAGUGGGCAAUCUCAAGUUGGCAGGGCUCGGUGCUCGCGAUUCGCUCCGACUGGAAGCCGGUUUGUGCUUGUACGGCAACGACAUCGACGAAACCACGACCCCCGUCGAAGCGGGUCUCCUCUGGUUGGUGGCAAAACGCCGACGAGCAGAAAACAACUUCCCCGGAUCGGACAAAAUCAACAGUCAAAUCAAAAACGGCGUCACCAGACGGCGCGUCGGGUUUAGAAUGUCCGCUGGUUCGGCUCCCGCCAGGCAGCAUGUUGAAAUUUUCGACAACGAGCAGCACAAAAUCGGAGAAAUCACCAGCGGCUGUCCGAGCCCGUGCCUGCAGCAAAACGUCGCCAUGGGCUACAUCCGGGAAGAGUCGAAAAAGGUUGGAACCGAAGUUACGCUGAAAGUUCGAGACAAGUUCUAUCACAGUCAGGUCGCCAAGAUGCCGUUCGUUCCAACGCACUACUAUCAGCCUCCGAAAUAAGGGAAAUUCGAGCUGUUUACGCGCGCUGUUAAUCUAUAUUGGAUGUGCUGGUUUGAAACGGGCACGUGUAUUAGGUGUUUACGCUUGUUGCUUAUCAGUAGACUUUGCCAGGCAGAAUGAGUAGUCGAAUAAAUGGUUUGGUAGUUGAUAAGCAAUCAUUACCUUUUAUUACGUA